GAGAUUUACAUAUGUGGUACAUAUAGUGCUUAGUUAGGCUUAGACAUGACCACCAGCUCUCUCUCUCUCUCUCUUCCCAUCUCCAAAUUCUGACUCAGUAAAUCAGUCAAAGGGUUCCACCAGUUUUCAGAAAAUUUGGAGAAGAAUUAAGAUCUUGCAAAAUGAGGAAGCGGCAAGUAGUCCUGAGAAGACAAGAACCUUCCGGAAAUUCCACCACUUCAUCUGCCACCGCCCGGACCGUGAGAUAUGGGGAGUGCCAAAAGAAUCAUGCAGCUAGCAUCGGGGGUUAUGCUGUUGAUGGCUGCAGGGAGUUCAUGGCUAGUGGGGAGGAAGGGACGGGCGUUGCGUUUACUUGUGCUGCCUGCGGCUGCCACAGGAACUUCCACAGAAGGGAAGUGGAGCCGACGUCGACUGAGGUAGGGUUCGAGCGUGCUUCACCAUCUUCAAACGGGAGAUAGAGGUAAUAUAUAUUUUGAAUGGGUUUCCAUCUUGUGAUCUGAAGUGUACCUUUAAUUUCUGGCUUUUAAUUAAUCGUUGAUAUAUAUACGAAUGGUUUUCCAUGUGUUGAACUGAAGUGUAUUUCCUUUUUGGUUUGUGAUCGCUGUUGAUGAUCGAGCUUUUAUAACUUGUGUAGAAGACUCUGAUCAGCCUUGUGUUCUAUGAUUGUGUAUUAAGGAAAAAUGAAAAAGGAAGAAGAAAUUAUUGUGAUA